AUGGUUCUUGAAACAAGAACGAAAAUAAACGGCCACCUGGACAAGCUACAGAAAAAAUUGUUGCAACAACUAAGAUCAUCAUCUGAUACUUGUAAAUCAAAAUAUCUUAAAAUCCUUCAGAAAUUUAGAUCAUCAGAAGAAAUGCUUACUCAACUUAGGGAACAAACAAUACAUAUGAAACAAUUUUCUUCUGAUUUACAAGUAUUUCUUGGAACGCGUCAGACCAAUAAGCAGGUAGGAAGCGAGGUAGAAUCCAUCAAGACCGAAUUCGAGGCUACCAAGAACUAUGAAUUAAAAGUAUCUUUUCAUAGCGUAAUCACAAAAUUAUCCAACGAAGUUGAUGAGUUUGGUAAAAUAAUGGUGUCAGAAUCCGCCACUAACUUCGAUUUCAGAGACCCAAAAUUCGAACAAGCUCAAAUGAAGAUCAACGUCCAAACGUCAAGAAGCAUAUCAGACAUAAAACUUCAACUAAUUAAAUCAUUUCAAAUUAAGAGUAAAAAUGAAAUGAGUGUUAUAGCUUGCAUCAUCUUGCCUAAUCGUAAUUUGUUGAUAGCGAACACAAAAGAUAAUCAUUUGAUAGAGUACAGCGAUACAGGGAAACUUAUCCGUGACAUUCCAGUAUCUAGCCAACCAUACGGUAUUACUGUGAUAGAUCCUGAUCGUAUUGUAGUGACGUAUGGGGAUACCUCAUAUAUUGAAAUAAUGAAUAACGAAAAUUUUAACGUUGAGAAUAAUUUUCGUUUACCAAAGAAUUGUUGGGGGGUAUCUCACGCGAAUGGGAAACUAUACGUAGUCUAUGGAGACAGUAUACAAGUUCUGGAUGUAUCUGGACGACAAAUGAAAACUAGAGAAACAGCAUCUAAGCGUAUAUCUCGUAUCAAUGUUGCCAGAGAAAAGAUUAUUUAUUCAGAUUGGGAAAAGAAAAAAGUAUAUUGUUGUCAAAUGAAUGGGAAAGAAUUAUGGCAGUUCGAAAAUAAAAGCAUGAAUUUUCCGAAAGGUUUAACAGUAGAUAAUUACCAAAACGUUUUCGUUGUGGGUGGUCUUUUCGAAAAUUUAACAAUAAUUCAAAAUGACGAGAGUGCCAGUAAGACACUACUGACAAAUUUGGAUGGACUGCGAUUUCCAUCAGAUGUGUAUUAUGACAAGGUAACACAUGCAUUGCUGAUAUGCAAUGAAAAAGGCAUGGUAUCAUUGUAUAAAGUCCUUUAA